AGAUAUUCAGAGAGGUGUGUAGUUCACGAGACACACACAUAUAGGAGGGCUGGCUGCUGUUUUUCUUUUGUCUGACCUCCUCUGCAAAAAUGCACGUCUCACCCCUAAUUCCUCAUGUUUACUUACAAACCGUGACAACUUUUGGGCCGUGAACUUGACAGACCCGUCCAAACUGAGGGGAAUUAUCUGAAGAUUAUCAUUAGCUCCUCAAAACAUCUCGGAAUGUUCUCUAAAAAGCCUCAUGGAGAUGUCAGGAAAUCAACACAGAAAGUGUUGGACCCCAAGAAGGACGUGCUGACAAGAUUGAAACAUCUAAGAAUCGUCAUUGAAAAUGCAGAGCCUGUUGAACUCAAACACCUUUUCGAGCAGAAUUACUCCCAUAUCUACUAUGUGUUCUUUGAAAACUUUGUCACCAUCGAGGUUAAUCUGAAACAGAAAGGUCACAAAUCACAACGAGAGGAGCUUGAUUCUAUUCUGUUCAUAUUUGAGAAAAUCUUACAGCUGUUACCAGAGCGAAUACAAGGAAGAUGGCAGUUCCACAGCAUAGGUCUUAUUUUGAAAAAACUACUAAACACUGGAAACUCCCUGAAGAUCCGGAGGGAAGGAGUUCGUCUGUUUCUUCUUUGGAUGCAAGCUCUGCAGCACAACGCCCUGAAAGAGCAGCUCUGGAUCUUUGCCUGCCUGAUUCCAGGAUUCCCGGCACCUCAGUCCGAAUUUGGCCCUCGCACCCUCGAUAAUCUUAUCAGCCCUCCCUUAAACUUUCAAGAGUCUCAAGUGACUCCAGAGGAAAUCAGUCCACUGGUGCCUCCCCAAUCAGGAGAUAAAUCCCAGGAGGAUCUCACUGGAUAUUUCUUGGAGGCUCUACUAAAAUACAUGGUAAACCAGGCCAAAAGUCUUGAGUGGAAGUGUAAGGAGAAUCACGAGAAGGGUUUCGCCUUCCUGUUCACCAAUUUCAAAAAGUAUUACCUGCCCCAUAUCUUCCCCAACUUCUCCAAGGAGACCAGUUUGUACAAUCCUAUUCUUGAUGUUCCACCCAUGAGACCAAAGCCUUACUACAUAGUUGUUAAAAGAGACCCAGAGACCAAUGAAGCCCUGUAUUGCACUAAAGAGAACUUACUCAAUGCCAGAGUCAUAUUUAUCCGUUGGCUGGUCUCCUUCUGGCUGGAGCCCAGGCCCAACACAGGAACACACAUCCCUGGCAUAGAAGGCGAAAACGUGCCAAAGAACAUCCAGAGAGCAGCGGCAGGCCUAGCUGCACGUAGUGAGGAUGGUGGCCCGAGACCAGAUGGUUUGGAUGGGAUGGGUGCUAGUGAACCCGAGCAGUCGCACUCCAACACCAGCACGCUGACGGAAAGAGAACCCAGCUCCUCCAGUCUCUGCAGCAUGGAUGAGGAACAUCUCACCGAUAUCGAGGUUGUCCGACGUGUCCUGUGCUCCUCCAGAACCAAUGUCAACUUCAUCACAGAGAUCUUUCGUCAGGCAUUUCUGUUGCCCAUGUGUGAGGCUGCAGCCAUGCGUAAGGUGGUGCGGGUGUAUCAGGAGUGGAUCUCGCUCCAGGAUAAGCCCGUGUUUAUGAGAGAACCAGAGGAAGACCGAUUCUCUGGCCAGCUGGACUCCACCCAUGAGCAAGGAGCUGAUAAAGAGGAAGAGGAUAUGGGUCUCAAUGUGUCCGUUCGCAAUCGAAACCCUAAUUGGUGCAGGAGUAAAUCAUCUGACACUGAAGUCCUGGAGUACAACGUGCAUGCUGGUGUCCAGGCCACACUACAGGUUUUCAUCACCAACUCCUCUAACGUCUUCCUUCUGGAGGCAGCCAAUGAGCUGAAGUCACUUCUGGAAGAACAUGUUGACAUGUGCAAGCGUGUGCUGAACAUAUACCGCAGUCUGGUCAUGCAUGAAACCAUGAACCAGAAGACCUGGGAGCAGAUCCUGUUGGUGUUGCUGAGAGUAACAGAGUGUGUGAUGAAGAGGCCUCCGUCCAUCAUGCCUCAUGGGAAGAAGAGUAACACUUUAUCAGGCCGACUGGCUGGGGCCAUUUUUCAGACUCUGAUUGUGGCCUGGAUCAAAGGGAAUCUGAACGUGUACAUCUCUCGAGAGCUGUGGGAUGACCUGCUGUCUGUUCUCUCCUCUCUUACCUGUUGGGAAGAGCUGGUCACCGAAUGGUCCCUCACCAUGGAAACACUUACCAAGGUAUUAGCACGCAACCUUUAUAGCCUGGACCUGAACGAGCUACCCUUGGACAAACUCAGUGAGCAGAAACAGAAGAAACACAAAGGCAAAGGUGGUGCCCAUGAGGGGCAGAAAAUCGCUGUGGAUCGGUCGUUCUCCAAAGGCUGGAGUCGAGACCCACCAGGCCAAGCAACUGCCAUGAGACAGCGCAGUGCCACCACAGCUGGCUCACCUGGCAUUGAGAAGGCGAGGAACAUCGUCAGACAGAAGACAGUGGCUCUGCGUAGUUGCUCUACGGGGGACAGUCUGCUGUCCUCAGCCUUUAUUCGCAGUGCUAAAAGUGCACCUGUCCUAAUCCACCCUGUACACCCUCUACUGCCUGACUCUGUCCUCACUCCCCUAGCUGACGAGCUGUCAGACAUGGAGGAACCUCCUAUGGCCCCGCGAGGGCCGCGUAUUCGUCACUGUUCUCAAAGUGAGGAAACUCCAUCAUCAGAGGUGUUCUCCACCUCCGGAGACCUGGAACAGCCCCCUCUGCCCCGUAGCAGCAGCGCCUCUGACAUCAUAGAGCCCUUCAUCGCUGAGCGGGUCAAAGGUGCAGUUCCUGUCUCUGACAGUCCCUCUAACUCCACCCAGUUUACCACCACCGUCAACUCCCCCCACUGCUCACCGUCCCCACACCAGUUCACUGACCCACACCCACCCCCUGACAGCCAGGCAUCCCUGGAGGUGGGCGAAAGCAUCUAUGACCAUCUCUGCCAGAUGCCAGGGCAGCAACCCCCCUUUAUCCCUAAUUGGUCCUGUCCAGCUGCAGCCCAGACCAAUCAGAUCGAUGGAGAAGGCAUGGAGGACGUCUUCAGCACUUUCAGGGAGUUUUGUAGCAGGGAGGACAUGGUAGGCAAAUUUGGGGUGUUUGGAGAGAAAAUUGAGGCAGGUGCAGAUAGUAGACAAGUGCCGUUCGGGGGAAGUGGGGAUUGGGUGUUAGAAUGGGAUCGAGAAAUGGAACAAAGCGAGAAGUGUUUUUACGAGUGCUUAGAGCAGUGCGAUUGGGAUUUGAGUCUUACGCAGAAAAGUUCUGGUACGGAGGGUCUAGUAGAGGGCAGGAAAGCCACACAUUUACACCGUCAGAAUGCUACGGACAGGGCUAGCGAAAGCGAACCCAGCCCACCGCCAUCCCAGCUUGCAACGAGGCCUAAGCUUUCCAAUCCUGACCCCAAAAAGCGACACAGUGGUGGGGUCCACGUCAGUUUCCGCCCGUCCACGGAAUCUGUGCAGUUUCACAGCCCCCUGGAUCCCAAAGAGGCUCACUGGAAGACACGGCUUCGCCGUCUCGGCCACUUUAGCAGCCACUCGGUUGGGGGAAGUGGGGCAGCGGCGAAGGUCAGAGAGGGCGUGGGGGAAGGGGUCGCCUGUUGCGAAACUGUGGAGCGGGAUCGAGGCUCUAUCAGCGGGGCUAGACGUGGCCGUCUCAGCCGCCCGUCUCUCCGCCCGCGGGGUUCCCGCUCCAGAUCUCAGGAAUCAGGGUGUAGCCCCUCACGGCAGCAGCAGGUGGCGCUGUUGGGUGGGGUGUAUAAGUCUAUGGUUCAUGCUCUCUCCAAACCCAAGGCCCAGGCGGUGUCGCCCCAGCGCCAAGGCAAAACACCCGCCACUGAGGCACACCUGAAGGACCUGUACGCUCACGUAAUGGGCUAUUUUGGAAGAAAAACCUCAGCCAAUAAAGAUGAGCUGUCACCAAAAAUGAGGCCCAUGUCCAAUGAUGCUGGCAGCAGCAACCCAAACGUCAGCGACCUCAUGGAUGAGUUCAUCCAGGAGAGACUGAGAGCCAGGGGAACCUCUGGCAUGACCAGGCGUGGCAGUAGCCCAGGCAGUCUUGAGAUCCCCAAAGAUCUGCCAGAGCUCCUGAACCGUCAGAAUGCCACACGACCUGCAGACGAUCCUGGUGUGCCCUCUGAGUGGACUUCACCAGCCAGCGCCAGUGGAAGUGACCUCGUAAGCUCAGACAGCCAAUCAGAAUCCUUCAACGCGUUUCAGUAUGACAACAAGUUUGAAAAUUUCAGUUUCACUCCUGAGUCGUGUGCUCUGGGCUCGGUGGAUCAGGAUAGUUUGGGAGGAGCAGGGCACACCGCAGAGGAACAGGAGCUGUCUAGCCUCACCACACUGCAUAUUGACUCAGAGACCAGCAGCCUCAGCCAGCAUGGCCUAUCUGCUGACACCGUCACCAUUACUGGUUCAGAGAGCGCGUCCCCAAUGCACUCGCUAGGAGGUUCUCGAUCACAGACGCCGUCCCCUGCCACACUAACAGCCGAACAUGUCCAGCAUAAAGACUUGCAGCUGGAUGAGAAAAUGCACCACUCCGUCCUGCAGACCCCUGAUGACCUCGAAACGAGCGAGUUUCCAACAGAGGACUGCAGUGUGAUGGCUGGAGGCACUCUGACUGGCUGGCACGCUGACAUUGCCACAGUGAUGUGGAGGAGAAUGCUAGGCAUCCUGGGAGAUGUCAACUCCAUCAAGGACCCUGAGAUCCACGCACAGGUCUUUGACUACCUCUGUGAACUCUGGCAGAACUUGGCCAAGGUCAGAGACAAUCUUGGGAUCUCGCUUGACAACCAGUCGUCUCCACCCCUGCCUGAUCUGAUUCCACCCUUGCGGAUUCUAACUCCCUGGCUUUUCAAAGCCACUAUGUUGGGUGAACGCUAUAAACAAGGAAAACUCCACGCCUAUAAGCUCAUUUGUAAGAUUAUGAAGAGGAGACAGGAUGUUUCUCCAAACUCUGACUUUCUCACACACUUCUACAACAUUAUGCACUCUGGCCUGCUUCACCAAGACCAGGACAUUGUGAACACCAUAAUCAAGCACUGCUCUCCACGCUUCUUCUCGAUUGGACUUCCUGGAGCCACUAUGCUCAUACUGGACUUCAUCGUGGCAGCGAGCCGUGUGACUGCCAGCUCAUCCCUGAAUGCUCCUCGGGUAGAGGCUCAGAUCUUGUUGGGUUCCUUGGUGUGUCUCCCAAACCUGUACAAGGAACUUUCUGCCCUGCACCCCACAACAGCCGACAUCAUCAUGACAAAAUUCACAGAUGUCAAGGAGCACAUAAUCAAGGACAUCUUGACUUCUGCCAGAGAUGAGCCUUCUGCCCCAGCAAGGUGUGUGGCUCUCUGUAGUCUGGGGAUCUGGCUCUGUGAAGAGCUUGUUAAUGGCACUCAACACCCGCAGAUCAAAGAAGCCCUUAAUGUCAUCUGUGUCACUCUCAAGUUUUCAAAUAAAACCGUAGCCCUGGUGGCCUCGGAUAUCUUGCACCUGCUUAUAAACUACGUCGACGAUCUGCAGAAGUUUCCACCCAACACUCCCAAAAAAAUUGUGGAGGUCCUUAUUGCAACCAUCACUUAUCUUCUCCCGGCCACAGAGUCCUCCCCUCACGAGCUGGAAAAGAGGCUGGUUGUAUCUCUGCUGCUGUGUUUGCUGGACUGGGUGAUGGCUCUACCUCCAAAAACCCUCCUGCAGCCAGUUCAAGGAGCCUCGGACAAAGAAAAAAAUGACAAAUCUGUUCUCAGCUGCAUCUAUAAAGUCCUCCAUGGCUGUGUGUACGGUGCUCAGAGCUUCAGUAACCCCAACUACUUCCCCAUUCACCUGUCAGACCUGAGCAGCCCAGACUACGACCCUUUCCUACUGCUGGAGAACCUUAAGGAGCCAGAACCCCUCCACUCACCAGACUCUGAACGCUCCUCCAAACUGCAGCCGGUCACUGAAGUGAAGAGCCGUAUUCAGCAAGGCCUGAUCUCAAUUGCUGCACGCACGGUCAUAUCCCACCUGGUCAACCACCUGGGUCACUAUCCGAUGAGUGGUGGUCCUGCAACUCUGACCAGCCAGGUGUGCGAAAACCAGGAUAACCCAUACAGCGAAAGUGCAGACCUCACCCCCGAGCUAUUUGAUGCGCCCAACAUGCAGUUCUUCGUGCUUAACGGCACCACACUGCUGUCCUACCUACAGAUCCGGGCGGAGGAUGGCCUGCCUGGAGGCGGAAUGUCAGCUGGCCUCACUACCACCAGUGCCUGCGUACGAGUCAUUGUGCGGGACAUUUCUGGCAAACACUCCUGGGACUCAGCUGUACUGUAUGGUCCACCCCAUUGUAUCACUCCAAGUCAACCGUUGCACCUUUAUACAUCCUCCAAUCCAGCAGGGGGUGGCCAAGAUGAGGACAGAAUAGACCGAGGUAGUCAAGAGGAAGCAGAGGAUGGAGCAUUUCAGGAGAAUGAGGAGAACCUGGAGGAUCAUGAAGACGAAGUGAAAGAGGACGAGGAGGGAGAUCUUGAGGAAGAGGACGAAGAACAAGGGCUCGAGCUAAUGGCCCCACAGGCCAAGCGACAGUGCCGAGAGGUCAUCCCGAGCUGGGACUCCCUGCAGGAUGGGGAGGAUGCUCUGGAUGAGAUGCUGCAGUACCUGGGAUACUCCAGCCCUGAGUGCCUGCAGCGUACUGGUGCUCCACUCAACAUCCCAGCUCCGCCACCAACCUGUGUGUCUGAGAAGCAGGAGAAUGAAGUCAUCAAUGCUAUCCUGAAGCAGUGUGCUGAGGAGCAGGACUUCACAGUGCAUCGGGGGAAUCACCUGAACAUGAGGGCUGUAGUGCAGCAAGAGCCAAGCCCGCAGAGACCCCAGUCAGCAUUCUACUACUGCAAACUACUCCUCAACAUACUAGGCAUGAACUCCUGGGAAAAGAGAAACAGUUUCCACCUCCUGAAGAAGAACGAAAAACUACUGAGAGAGCUGAAGAAUCUGGAUUCAAGACAAUGUCGUGAAACACACAAGAUUGCCGUGUUUUACGUGGCAGAAGGGCAAGAGGACAAGCACUCUAUUCUGUCCAACACUGCCGGGAGUCAGGCAUAUGAAGACUUUGUAUCAGGCCUUGGCUGGGAGGUGAACCUAACAAGUCACUGUGGUUUCAUGGGGGGCCUGCAGCGGAACAAAAGCACUGGUUUGACCAUGCCUUACUUCGCCACCUCUACAGUAGAAGUGAUGUUCCACGUGUCCACACGCAUGCCUCCGGACUCCGACGACUCACUCACUAAAAAGUUAAGACACCUGGGUAAUGAUGAAGUGCACAUAGUGUGGUCAGAGCACUCGCGGGACUAUCGGAGGGGCAUCAUACCUACUGAAUUUGGUGAUGUGCUGAUCAUCAUCUACCCCAUGAAGAACCACAUGUACAGCAUCCAGAUCAUCAAAAAGCCUGAGGUGCCAUUCUUCGGACCAUUGUUUGAUGGGGCGAUAGUGGAUGGAAAGAUCUUACCCACAGUUGUCCGAGCCACGGCAAUCAACGCCAGCAGAGCACUGAAAUCCCUGAUCCCUCUCUACCAAAAUUUCUACGAAGAAAGAGCAAGGUACUUGGAGACAAUUGUCCGGCACCACUUGGAACCCACAACAUUUGAGGACUACGCGGCUCGUGUUUUUUGCCCUGCGCCCUUCCACCAUCUCCCCUCUGAAGCAGAGAGAAAUGCUGUGAUUUUUCUACUCCUCAAACCUCCAUUAGAAAACAAUGGGCUCAUCAAGGUAAAGGGCCAAGGCUUGAAACGGAAGGUCUUUCACGCUAGCUGUGAAUGGCUCAUGCCUCGAGAGUCAACCGGCCGAAAGUCCAGCAAUGCAGGUAGAUGGGAGCGACUUUGCCUCGCCAAUGUCACCUCGUGCUAGCAAAAGCCGGAUGUCCAUGAAGCUCCGCCGUUCUUCUGGCUCUGCCAACAAGACUUGACUCUUUACUUCAGAACAAACACACGAAACACACUACUACUGAACACUCCACGCUAUUUGCUCUCACUCCAGGACUCCGCAUACCGCACUGUCAAAGACAGACCACACCUUCUUGCCUGCGUAGCCACGCCCCAUUCUGUCUGACUCCUCCCGUCUAGAACUGAGAGCCACAACGAUCAAAGACAUACCUGAGAUGCUCUAUGCGCAGUUGUUGUGCAGUGAGCAGAAAAGUGAACUGAAAUGUUUAUUUUUGUCAAUCGCCAAUGGUUGUUGCAUUGUUUUACUUUAAUAAUUAUCAUAGCUGGUGCCACUAAACUAGCUAGCGAGUUCCCCAGUACUUGGAGUGCCAGUGAUUGAAAAAUAAGAACAAAUUUAUAGUUGCGAAAACAGAGGACUCUUUAAGCGCUGAGGUUUUCUUUAUAAGCUGACGAUUUGAUGUCGAAAAAAACUGAGAUGACUGGAGAAUUCUUUGGAAAUGGUGUUUGUGGAGCAGGUGUACAUUUAAACUAAAGCACUUGCUGUUAACCUUUAUUUCAGAGUUUGUUUUCACUCCUAACAUGGAAUUUGUUUUUAUAAAAAGGUGACACUUGCCACUUUUUUUUUCACACUUUUUUUUUUUUUUGUGUGUGUGCAAGUUUUCAUUAUGUAUCGCACAUUAUUACGAUUGUAAAUUUGGUUUUUACUUGAUUAGGAUGUUACUGAUUUUUUUUUAUUGUUGAUGUUAUAUUGAACCGCCCCCUUUUGUCAUUUGUAACGGUUAUGUGUGUAUAUAUCUAUAAAUAUAAAAUAUAUACAUAUUUAAUGUAUGUGUAUAGUGUAUGAACAGUAUCUGAUCUGUGUACAUAUUUAACAGUAUUUAAAUCAACCAAAAAAACGAUUAAAAGGGUUCAUUAAACCUCAAGCCACUUAGAACAAGUCAAAGAGUGAUAAUGUGAUCUCUUCAACUUGAAUGUUGGUCUGUAUGGCUUGGUUUUGCUGGAUUCUUGUCCUGUUGUAUUGUUUCUUUGCACAGCAGCCUUAGAGACAAGAGCCAGUUUAUCAGCUCAUUUACAGCGUUAAUCAUUUGACCGCAACGCCUCUUUUUGAUUCAUCUUGGAAGAGAUAAGUGUGAAUGAGUUGCCACAUUACCAGAUCAGGGAGAGGGCAACGUUGUUGAAUUGAACACAACUAUCCACUUCGUGACACUUUGAGCUCAUUCGGAACUCAAAUUAACUCAUGUCAUGUGACAUUUUUCUGUUUUUUUUUUUGUUUUGUUUUUUUUUUGUUUUUUUUAUAAACAUCUAGACGUGAAAGUGUGCAACAAAAAAAAAAACAUCUCUCACACUCGUUUUGGUCACUUUUUUGUUUUCCUUUGAACGUUAAAGGGAUUACAAGGUUAACUGACCCUAUAGACCACGGAUGCAAGUUACAAGAUUGUAUAUUUUCUGGAAGUUAUGUGAGACUUUAUAAGGGUCAUUCUUUAUGGAUUUUGUUUUAUUUUAAUUUUUAAUUUGAAGAAAGUUAUCAGAAAAAAAUAUUAUAUGGAGUUGAAAUCAUGCAGCACCCUUCUGGAUUAAAAUUAUAACAUGUAUAUUAAAAGCCUGCACACAAGUGAUUUGAGAACUGUGCGUAUUUUUAAAAGGAAAAACAAGUCCAAGAUGGGUUGAUUUAAUGUAUGUUAAUACUGACCAAAUGCUGCAUGAUUCCAGUACUAACUGCAUGUGUUGAUAUAACAGCUGCACAACACACAAGCACACGCACAAACACAAAGCCACAAGAUUGUCAUAUGGUAGGAUCUAUACAUUUGUAUUGGAUGUUGAAGAAGGAGAGUGGAUGUGAAACUAAACUUAAGAAUAAAAGUAUUCUUACAACAUA